CUCAUCUUCCUCGCUUUCUUCUUUGUAUUUUUGAAUUCUUUGAGUUUGCGCGAAUUCGUUCGGAUCAACGGCGAGUUAGGAUUCCAAGAAUCGAAUGUCCUGAAAAUGAAUCGCACAACAAAUGACAGUGACAAUAUAAUGGUUUCAAAGGACCAGGUCGACUCACCAUCAAAUGAAGGUAGUAGUGGGGGAUCGCUGACAGGAGGAGGCCAAGUUUUGAAGAAGGGACCAUGGACGUCUGCGGAGGAUGCUAUUUUGGUAGAUUAUGUCAAGAAGCACGGUGAAGGGAAUUGGAAUGCUGUUCAGAAGCACUCAGGUCUGUCUCGAUGUGGCAAAAGCUGUCGUCUGCGAUGGGCCAACCAUCUGAGACCAAAUCUCAAGAAAGGUGCUUUCACACCAGAAGAGGAGCAGUUGAUAAUCGAACUGCAUGCCAGGAUGGGCAACAAAUGGGCUCGGAUGGCUGCACAAUUACCGGGACGGACAGAUAAUGAGAUAAAAAACUAUUGGAACACCCGGAUCAAGAGACUUCAGCGAGCUGGUUUACCCCUUUAUCCUCCUAAUCUGUCUUACCAAGCUUCAAGUGAGAAUCAACAAAGCCAGACUGCCACUGAGUAUGGCCAUGGUGAAAAACGUCCCAAUGAGCUCCUCCAGGGAAAUACUUCUGAUCUUCCUGAUGUUAUGUUUGAAAGCCUUAAUGCCCAUCAAGGGGCUUUGUCUUAUGCACCACCAUUUCCAGAUAUUUCAGUGAGCAGCAUGCUGACUCAGGGCUUUGGAUCCCAAAAUUAUGGCUUCAUGAACCCAAUGGGGAACCGCAUGAAGCGGUUUCGAGAAUCUGAGACCUUGCUUCCUGUCUUUGAUGGUAGUGUCUCUAGCGCGCUUCCUACAUUUCAGCAGUUUUCAGAUGAGCCUUCUGAAAAGAUCCGGCGGAGCUUUGGUUUAGGUUAUCCCUAUGAUCCAGACCCCAGCAGCGAAAUCCCGACACCCUUUGGUGGUGCAGUCCCUGGUAGCCAUGCCCUUUCAAAUGGCAAUUUCUCUGCUUCCAGGCCCCUUGGUGGGACUGUGAAGAUGGAGCUCCCUUCACUCCAAUAUUCAGAAACUGAUCUUAGUAGCUGGUUUGCUUGCCCUUCUCCACCUCCUGAGGCAAUUGAUAGUUACAUCCAGUCUCCUCCAGCAACUGCAUCAGUGCAAUCUGAAUGUGUCUCACCGAGGAACAGCGGGCUAUUGGAUGCAUUGCUUCACGAGGCACAGGCACGCAAGACUCAAUCAUCAGAGAAGAACUCAAGUUCUUCUGUAGUUGCACCUGGUGGCAUGGCAGAAAGUUCAGGGCUUCCCCUUUGUGAGGCAGAAUGGGAAGAAUACAACGAUCCAAUUUCACCCUUGGGCCGGCCUGCUGCUUCUGUCUUCAAUGAGUGCACCCCACCUGUUAGUGGUGUUUCACUGGAUGAGCUUCAGCCUUCAAAAGAACCUUCUGUUCCUGCAGGUUCAGACAUCAUGCUUGAACAUGUUUCGGCCUCAAAUAUGGAGGGGAGAGACAUUUCAGCUUGUCCAGAUUUCUUAAGGCCUGAUGCUUUACUUGGAGGGUCAGAUUGGCUUGAGAACUCCCAGACUGCCAAAGAGUAUUCUACCUUGAAUGAUGCCAUAGCAACACUUCUGGGUGAAGAUCUCUGCAGCGAGUUCAAGGAUGUGCCUGCUGGAGCAUCAUCCACACUCUCUCAAGGGUUGGGCCUUGACUCCUGUCCAUGGAACAACAUGCCUCGUGCAUGUCAAAUGUCUUAACUUGAGGUCAUUUAUGGGACCUACUUCAGGAUUUGUUUGCCACCGGUUGUUCCGGUGGGACCUUUUUCUUAAUUGAGAAAUGGUCGGGGGGUAGAAAACAUGUGGCGCUAUGUAUGGUUGUUGCUGUUGGUUGUUCCAGUGGGACCUUUUUCUUAAUUGAGAAAUGGUCAUGGAAAGUCUUGUUUGUUGGCAUUCAUGCAGUGUAGGAUGGGUGUAAUUGGUGUAGAUGAACUGUUGCUGGAAGUUGGCUUUUGUUAUGUCUGUAAUAACUUUUGAAACUUGUUUAGGAAAGAUUCCAUUAUUUGGGAUGCUGUUGCUUGAUGCUCUCUAUUUU